GAUUUCGUGCUCUUAACGGUCCUCACUCGAGCUCUCCUCACAGCCUCCUCUGCACAGGAACCAGCCACAAAGUCGUCCUUUGUCCUUGUUUUUUAGCUACGUGCUCGCGCCGUGUGUCCGUUUGCCGUUCGUGCCGCCAAGCGAUUAUAAAAAUGAAGUACUUUGUUGCCAUCGCUCUGCUGAUCGCCGCCGCUCAGGCCGUCCCCAUCGAGCUGGGCCACUACGCCCCUGCGCUGGUGCACCAUGCGCCCAUCCUGUCGCACGCCGUCCAUGCCGUCCACGCCGAGCCGGUGGCCUACCCCAAGUACUCCUUCAACUACGGCAUCAAGGAUCCCCACACCGGCGACAUCAAGUCGCAGGCCGAGGAGCGCGACGGUGAUGUGGUGAAGGGCCAGUACUCCCUGGUGGAGCCCGAUGGUUCGGUGCGUACCGUUGACUACACCGCCGACGACCACAAUGGCUUCAACGCCGUGGUCCACAAGACCGCUCCCACCAAGAUCAUCGCCCACGCGCCCGUGCUGCAUGCCGCCCCCGUGCUGGCCCACGCCCCCCUGCUGCACCACUACUAAGGAGCGGGAGCCCGACUUAGUCGCCAAGGUGCUCUCCCUCUCGCUCUCUCAUCCAUCCACAAAACAAACAACCAAUCAUAGGAACAACAAACAGAAAACGAACAAAAAACCACAAAAAAAUAUCAAACAAACAACGAACAUGAAAAUGAAAAUGAAAAAUUCGUAUGUAAGUAAGCGUAGCUAAGAGUUUAGUAGACACGGGCCGCCUUAGGGGGCGUGUACCGGCACCCGGCUGAUCCUGGCAUGGCACAAGGACGAAGGAUAGAAACCGAACAGAAAACGAACAGAAAACACAAAUUCAUAACGACUUGGCAUGCGGAAUGACUGGAACGCGGCUGAUGAGCCCAUAAAGGAUAACAAUCGGAAUUGGAGUGACAAGUUUUUCCACACUAUAUAUGUUAUAUUUGUUUUGUAUAUAUGUAUGUACGCGAUUAACCAGAAAUCCCGAUUUCCCUGGCAGACUUUUGCACGCAGUGCCCCGAAAAGUCCAGAAAAUUCACACAAAGGCUUCUCUUAGGACUUCUCCUCCGUCUGUACAUAGAACUUUAUUUAUACGCUUAGUUCUUUCACUCUCCCAAGCUAAACUUUUGUAAUAUAUUUAUGACUCUCCUUCCUCUGUGCUAUACCCCCUAUACCUUCCUUCCUGUACUAUCUUCUUUGGAAGCCUUUGUGAUGACUGUCAAACUGUGGCAAGUGUCCCUAAACUGCCACGCCCCUUGGAGAGCAACGGUGGGCGUGCAAAAUCGUGUGCCAUUGCGGGAUGGCUGGCAGUUUGGCAGGAUUUUUAAGAUAGAAGUAUCCCUGGACUUGCAGGAGAUCACCGAAGAUGGGCCGGUCAGUGCAUUAGUAGCUGGUACUCUGGGAACCCCCGCUGUUAUCCUCGUGACCUCAUGCCGCCUCUUUCUUCCACUCUCACCCGUCUCACUCACUCACCGACUCACUAUCUCUCUCGCUCUCACCUUAUAUAUCUCUCACUCACUCUCUCAGUCUGACACCUUUGUAUCUAGUUUCAUUUUUGCAUUUAGUAUUUUUCACAUAUAUUGUGUAUUUAUAAACAAUUAUGCAGCUUAAUUAUAAACAACAAACAAAGAAGAAAAACGUACGAAAAAAAUGAACAAAAAAAUAAAACAUUGUACUCGAUUAGGAGGAUAAACGAAAAACAAACAAAAAACUCUCACAUGUCUCUCACGUCUCAAAGGUUCAUUUGAGUCUUACACUUAUGUACUAUAUAUUCCCCAUAAACAUUUGUAUGCAAAAACAACGAGAACAACAACAGCAGCAAACAGCAAACGAAAUGCGAAAACGUUAUAAUGGAAAUAGAAAGAAAAACUACAAAAAAAAUAAAUA